AUGGAUACUUUCCGCUUUCGCCUGAACUGCAUCGACAACUACCAGGCGGCUCCGACAGACAUCGACCCUCUUCUUCGGCGCAAUGCCGGUCCUGCAGGCCGGUUGGGCGCACCGCAAGUACCCGUAAUCCGGGCGUUUGGUGCGACCGAGACGGGGCAGAAGGUGUGCGCUCAUAUCCAUGGAGCGCUGCCUUACCUAUACCUGGAGUACAAUGGCAGCUUGGAGAAGGAUGUCGUCAACGCGUAUAUUCUGGACCUCCGCGCCUCCAUUGACCACGCCCUCGCCACCGCGUACCGCCGAAAUGCAUACGAUGGAAAGUCGAUCUACGUUGGCCACAUAUCUCUUGUCAAGGGUGUACCCUUCUUUGGAUACAGUGUUGGAUACAAGAUUUUCUUGAAAGUCUACAUGCUCAACCCUAUGCAUAUGACUCGGUUUACCGACCUGCUGCAUCAAGGAGCAAUCUUGAACCGGGUGUUCCAGCCAUAUGAGAGUCACCUGCAGUACCUCCUGCAGUGGAUGUGCGACUACAACCUGUAUGGAUGCGACUGGAUUAACUGCGCAAAAGUCCAGUUCCGGGGACCCGUUCCAGACAGCGAAGAGGUAGAUACCACUGUCCACAAGUGGCACGAUGCUUCUAUUCCCAACGAACUCAUAGCCGAUGAGGAUCAAUACCCACGCCAAAGUCACUGCACUCUUGAAGUCGAUAUAUGCGCCCAGGACAUCCUCAAUCGGCACGAACUACAAUAUCGACCCAUCCACCACGACUUCCUAGAGCGAUCGAGCCAAAUGCCACGCAAUCCAGACGACAAAUUCGUGCCGUCCAUGGCUGGUCUCUGGAGAGACGAGACGCGCCGGCGCAAACGUCGUAUGGGCCUCUCUGAUCCCUCGAGCAGUCCUUUUCCUGCUGAGGUGCUUGUGUCCAUGUCGGCUGAUAUGCGAAACACUAAGGCCGGUGGAUGGAUUCACGAAGAGGAAUACCGAGGAAUCAUCGAAAAGCUAAUCAUCGAGGAAAGACAAGGAAAGGGCGAAGCCAAAUUUGACGGUUUCGUGAAACCCAUCCCUGGCCAGGAGCGUAUCAGGACUGCUGUAGAGAGUAUCGAAGAUCUCUAUCCCGAGGUCUUGUCUACACAGCAGCUUCCAGAUGACGACAUCCAGCAAGAUGUCAACGCGUUAGAACAAGGUGGUGCGCCUGUUGACAUUGACGCCCAGCUUGCGUCUGACGAGCCAGAACCCAGACAGCCUCACAGUGACGGUGCUAUCGGGGACGGCGAAAACGACAAUCCAGCGGACGCUGACAAUCAUUCUGACACCGAGGAACAGCAAUCCAUGGAUCCCCUAACAGUAUCGUUACUCAAGAGCUCUAGUGAUAUGGAAGCUGAAGAUGCACUUAUUGACGAAGGUAUUGAUUUAGUCGACCCCGAUGAUGAUGGCCAAAAUCCAGAGUCCAGCAGCCCGAUGAGCCAAAGGAAGCGCUCUCUCGAACCCACAGAAGAAGACUACAACAAGCGUCAACGAACCCUGGCAACAACCCAGAGUACCAAUAGGCGUGUCUCGUUUCGCAACGCCCUGAACAAGAACGACGAUCCACCUCAUCCCGGUCAAUCGUCACAAGCGAGUAUCAAAGCUCAAGGCUUAGGGGCGCCGACUACUUUCUCGUUCCCUGUAGUAAAGAACCCGAAUGCACCGGAGACGCUUCAUCGCUUGAGUCAAUCUGGGUAUUCAAAUUCCCAAGAAGGGCCCAAGACACCUGGGCCUAAGCAUCUCACGGCCAGACCUUCGCAACUCGUUCCUGUGACCCCAUGGACGCAUCAAAAGACCUCGCCAAUGGUGCCGAACAGUAGUACCUCGCAAGCUCGCUCCAAGGUAGCCUCUCUAGUGCGACGGCUGGGUACAUCGUUCCAGCACAAGCAUCGUACUAUUUACUACGGCGCGCUACCUCCACCGGCUGAGGUCGUCAAAGGCACCAUGAUGCAUGCGGGACUUCCACCGGUAAUCUAUCAGGACGCAUAUUACAGUGAUGAGAAGGAUGUUCCAGAUCGGCCAAGAGAGUAUGCGGGUCGCGAGUUCAAACUACAAAGCACCACAUUACCGUAUCUUCCUCCUUUCGACCCCACUGGUAAUUCUCUUGCCAACAUUGGAGAGUAUCCCGCAGUUGUGUUAGACAAGAAAAAACAAGCUACAAUGGAUCAAGAACGAUCACAUAACUGUGGUUUGCGUCACUGGGAACUCUCAAGACCUCCUCCUACUUUCAAAGAGGUGAAGCGCUGGACCAGCCGUCACGUCAAGCAACGAAAAGUGGCGAAGCCUAAAAUCAAGGCACAAGACGAGACGGCAACUAUGCCAGUGCGCAAAUUCAACCCAAUGAGCCACAUUUCACAGAUAGAAGGUCCAACGCAGAAGAAUCCUCAUGGCUUCAAGUACUCACAGAAGCAAAAGACAACUAGUGUUAAGCACGAAGCUCAGUAUAUGAGCAUCAUGAGCUUAGAAGUACACGUUAACUCAAGAGGCUCACUCGUACCAGACCCGGCUGAAGAUGAGAUCCAGUGCAUUUUCUGGAGCGUACAAGGCGAAGAAAACGCGACCACUGAUCGACCGCGUUCCGGUAUACUGUGCUUCUCGGAAGAAGAUGGCAUCGCUAUGCGCAUUGCUAAGCAAGUUCCGGUCGAAGUUGAAUACGAGGAAGACGAGCUAGAUCUCAUCAACCGCGUGGUCGAUAUCGUCCGCCAAUUUGACCCGGACAUACUCACGGGAUACGAAGUACACAAUAGCUCUUGGGGUUACCUCAUCGAACGCGCGAGGAUGAAGUACGAGUACAAUCUUUGCGAUGAGAUCAGCAGGAUGAAGUCGCAGUCUCAUGGCAGAUUUGGGAAAGAGGCCGACCGCUGGGGCUUCACGCAUACCUCUACUAUCCGUAUCACUGGCCGACAUAUGAUCAACAUCUGGAGAGCUAUGCGCGGAGAGCUGAACCUGUUACAAUACACCAUGGAAAACGUGGUCUUCCACUUAUUGCACAAACGCAUACCGCAUUACCAACACUCCGAUCUCACGACUUGGUAUACAAAUGGAAAUCCAAGGGAUCUGACAAAAGUGAUUCAUCAUUUUCGCACACGCGUGCAACUCAAUCUCGACAUCUUGGAAGCAAACGAAAUUGUGCCUCGUACUAGUGAGCAAGCUCGCCUGCUUGGAGUAGACUUCUUUGCAGUCAUUUCACGAGGCUCUCAGUUCAAGGUCGAGUCUACCAUGUUCCGCAUCGCAAAGCCAGAGAAUUUUAUCCUUGUAUCACCGAGUCGGAAGCAGGUCGGUCAGCAGAAUGCGCUCGAGUGUCUACCGCUGGUCAUGGAGCCGCAGAGUGCAUUCUACUCAAGCCCCGUUCUCGUUUUGGACUUCCAAUCGUUAUAUCCCAGUGUCAUGAUUGCCUACAACUAUUGCUAUUCAACAUGUCUCGGACGUAUCGUCAGUUGGCGAGGUCAGAACAAGAUGGGUUUCAUGGACUUCAAGCGCGAGCCGCAGUUGCUGGAAUUGGUAAAAGACCACAUCAACAUUGCGCCGAACGGCAUGAUGUAUGUCAAACCAGAAAUGCGGAAGUCCCUGUUAGCGAAGAUGCUUGGCGAAAUUCUGGAGACUCGUGUGAUGGUCAAGAGUGGGAUGAAGCAGGACAAAGACGACAGAACCUUGCAGCAGCUACUGAAUAAUAGGCAGCUGGCGCUGAAGCUAUUGGCUAACGUCACUUACGGCUACGCAUCUGCGUCGUUUUCCGGUCGUAUGCCAUGCUCUGAGAUAGCAGACAGUAUCGUCCAGACUGGUCGCGAAACCCUGGAGAAGGCCAUUGCAAUGAUACACGCUACGGAGAAGUGGGGUGCGGAGGUCGUCUACGGAGACACCGAUUCACUGUUCAUCCAUUUGAAAGGACGCACCAAGGAUCAAGCAUUCACCAUCGGCGAGGAGAUAACCGCUGCUAUCACCGCUGCGAACCCACGACCCAUCAAGCUCAAGUUCGAGAAGGUAUACCAUCCUUGCGUUUUACUUGCCAAGAAACGUUACGUUGGCUUCAAGUAUGAGCACCGCAACCAGAAAGAGCCCGACUUUGACGCGAAGGGUAUCGAAACAGUCCGUCGCGACGGUACGCCUGCAGAGCAAAAGAUUGAAGAGAAGGCUCUCAAGCUCCUUUUCCGCACAUCAGACCUCAGCCAAGUCAAGCGGUACUUCCAGGAGCAAUGCGCGAAGAUCAUGGAGGGCCGUGUCAGUAUACAAGACUUCCUCUUCGCCAAGGAAGUCAAGCUAGGCACGUACUCUGACAGGGGCCCUCCGCCGCCCGGUGCCCUCAUUGCUACCAAGCGUAUGCUCGCCGACCCGCGUGCCGAGCCUCAGUAUGGCGAACGCGUGCCAUACGUAGUCAUCACCGGUGCACCCGGAGCGCGUCUCAUCGAUCGCUGCGUCAGCCCGGAGAUCUUGCUUCAAAACGACCAUCUCGAGCUCGAUGCCGAAUACUACAUCAGCAAGAACCUCAUCCCACCACUCGAGCGCAUCUUCAACCUCGUUGGCGCUAAUGUAAGACAAUGGUUCGAUGAGAUGCCGAAAGUCCAGCGCAUCCGCAAUAUUACAAUUCCCAUGACCAUCAAGCACGACAAAAGCAACGCGCUCUCCUCCGUUGGCAACGCAUCCCUCAAGAAAACUCUUGAAAGCUACAUGAAAUCUUCAAGCUGCAUGGUCUGCCGUUCGAAACUACCUCAAAAUCCACCUACACAUCUCCCAGGCAGCGAAAACAAUCCCUACGCCGUCCUCCCACUUUGCGCAAAGUGUCUCAAGCGCCCAGCACAUUCACUUCUCUCGCUCAAGUACCGCAUCUGGGACAGCGAAACGCGCGUCGCAGAAGUCGAACAGGUAUGCCGGCGCUGCUCGAAUCUCGCCUGGGGCGAAGAGAUCAAAUGCGAUAGUAGGGACUGUUCAGUCUUUUAUACGCGCAUCAAGGAACGUUCGAGGUUGACUGCGCUGAAAGACAGUGUUGGGCCUAUUAUUGAGCUCAUGGAGAAGGUGGAUGCCGAGGCGGGUUUGGAAAGGGAAGAUAGUAGAGUUGGUAGUGAGGGUGGGGAGUUGACAUGGUAA